AUGGAAGCAAUCGCGACGCUGGUGACACUCGGACUAGGAUUGCUCUAUUGGUUUUGCUGGCGUCCCAGCGCCAGCGCCACCUCCACCAAUACCUCCGUCACUUCCAGCAACGCCAACGCAGCAGCCUCCUCCACACCCACGAGGCAUCGGGAAGAGCGCUACGCUGCGUUCGUGGAAUCCGAGGUGUCAGCCAAUGGUAUCGUACUGUUCGUGACCACUGGAGAUCGCGUAGGCCCAUUCCGGACACUAUUCGACGCGCUCCGAGUGAAGCUUCACGUCGUGGACUUGGGCAGGACCGCAGGGGGCAAACAUGUCCUAGAAGCACUACACGAGAAAUUUCAGGAGCAGGUGGAGGGAGAACAGACCGAGUUCUUGUUUGUGAGGGGGAAGCUCGUGGGCGGGUCGAAGCAGCUUCGCGGCCUGCUGGUCGAGGGGAGGAAGGACGAGCUUGGGCACGAGUGCGACUGGACGCACGUUCGUGUGGACGAGAAAAGUGAUACGGGCUUCAUGGUGCUGAGCCCGUGGAACGGAUUCCAGUGUGUGCGGGAUGUUCGCGAUGAUGUUGAUAUGGCGGUGAAGUUGGAGACGAGGCCGCUGCAUACGGUGGAGGAACUUCGCAACUUUGACGCGACGACGCUGAUCGGGUGCUCGGUGCCCAUCGCGCCUAGAUCGAGACAGCAACGCAGACGCAGCAAGCUGCUGGUGUGUCAUGACAUGAAAGGGGGAUACCAGGAAGACCGGUUCAAGCAGGGGUGCGGCGACUUCGAUGCCUACAGGUUUUAUCAGUGGGAUCUCGUGGAUUUGUUCGUGUACUUUGGUCACGCUUUGGUCUGCCCGCCACCGACCGGGUGGAUCGCUGCUGGACAUCGACAUGGCACUCGCGUGCUGGGUACGUUCUUAACUGAAGGCGGCCAGGGCACUGAGUUGUGCAAGGAAUUGUUCCGUGAUGUUCAGUCUGCCGAGCUGUUCGCUUCCAAACUCGCUGCUAUCGCUUGGCACGGUGGUUUCGACGGCUGGCUCAUUAACAUUGAGAAUGACGUUCUGGUCGAGCUGGUAGCCAAUAUUGACGUAUUUUUACGAACACUUCGGAAGGGGAUGAAGCUACAAAAUCCGCUGGCGCAGGUUGUCUGGUACGGGAGUCUGUCGAGGUCGGGUAAACGUAAGUCGUUCGUCCGUCUGGAUGAAGCGAGCACCGACUUCUUCAAGAACGUUGAUGCGUUUUACGCGGACUAUGGCUGGGUGCCUGAUGACGCCAAAUUCUCGGCUGCGUUUGAACUUGACCGUCGCUAUGACGUGUUCAUGGGCAUUGAUGUGUUCGGCAGGCACAAUAUGCUUGGCGGUGGCAAAAUGAAUUGUGGCGAGCCGCUUUGCCUGGCUUGGAAUUCAGGAGUCUCUGCGGCUCUGUUUGCUCCCGGUUGGACGCACGAGUGCUGCCAGCACGAGGAGCAAGAAGACUUUGUUGUGGUUGAGAGUCGCUUCUGGGGAGCAGUGCGAGACAGUUGGAAGGUGAAGAGUCCGUGCUACGAUGCGCUGGGUGGGAAAAACUGUUUGUACAGUGCAUUCAACAUCGGUCGUGGUGUCGGCGUCUGGGCUGAAGGAAGGCGUGUGGGUUCUGGUACCUGGUCCAAUAUGACAGAGCUCGACGUGCAGACAACCCAGGCGCUACACGCUGGAAGCACCGUCACCACUGCAACGGGAUCGAUGAAGGCAGCGAUUUGUCACGACAUGGCGUUUCAAGGAGGAUCAAGUGUGCAAUUGCAGGGUCAAUUGGUGGGGCGGGAGAAGUCAUACUUCAAGCUCUUCGACGUUGACAUCGAGUUCUCGCCGCGUCGUAUCAUGGAGCUUUCGUACACUACUGCGACACGCGAGGAAUCCGUCUGCCUGCUAGUGCUGACAGUUUGCCCGGGUCUCGAUCGCGCUACACACUACGUAAUCCUGCGCUCGAUGGACGACUCCGGGCCCGAGGCUGGGGACAACCGCGUGGACCCCAAGAAAACCUUGUCAACGGUUGCCAAGGCGUCGCUGGAAAAGCAUUUCUACCUGCCAGUGUCGACCGAGUUUUUCGACGUCGAAGCGGUCAAUGCUGAAGCCUCGCUCGGAAUCACCGCGGGGUGGUGCAAGAAGACGUAUCGCCUGGGAGGCCAGCUUUGGGACCAGAAACAUAUCGUCGAGAUCGGUAUGCUCUGCACCAAGAAACUGAGGAAGGUGCCUGGAGAGCGCGAGGACUACCUUGCCUACAUCGGGGAGGUCUGCGUGGUCGGCAAUAGCGGCAAACCACUUGCGAAAGCGGUCCAACGCGACGUGCACAGCCAACCUCAGUCGUGCAAGGACGCGACUCUCAUGUCCUUCAGGCGCAACAAUGCCGACUCGGUUUCGUUUGGAGUGCAGUGGGGAUUUACGGUGGCGGGAGCGCCUGUGCGCUACGUGUUAGCGUUUGCUCGCGCCGAAAAUGGCGAGCGGAUUUUCUUGGGCAAGAGCUUUGACAGCUCGCUCUGGGUCGAGAGUGUUUCGUGGGCCGGCCAGAGUAGCACGGUCGUUUGCCAGCUGCACCUGGAAGAGUGA